AUGCGGCGGCGUUACUCCCUCCUCGAUGCGCUGUCGAUCCGCGACAUGAUGCUGCGGGACUACUUCUCCGCCGGUAUGGUCCAACCCCCUCCCCUCUACACUUCCUCCAUAGCCCCUAACGGAACGGAAGAGGCACCCAGCCAGUCUAUCGAGGGGAUGGCAAAGGCGCAUGGCGCGGCGGCGGCUCUAUCCCCCGACGGCGGGUACACGUCGGACACGCACGACGAGGGCCGGCCGCAAGAAAAAGAAGGAGAUGGCAGACGAUUCGCCGCCACCGACCAAGGUCCCAAACCAGUGGGUCGCCACAACUCCCUGAGCGACCACGUCAGCGAGUGGGUUAGUAGCAUUGACAGCGAAAGCCUCUGCAUCGCCGAGGAGGAGGACGUCGCUGUCGACGACCAGAGCAAGGACCUCACGGACUACGUAGCUCGCCCGCGUCCCAUCGUGGCCGGGGAGGAGUCAGGUAGGAGUGUAGAAAAGGGCAAGCAGGAGGCCAGGAAGGCCACAAGUGAUGCAUCCAGCUCGACUUCGCCAUGCGGGUGCGCUGCACAUUCCACCCAUCGCCGGCAAAUCAUUCGUCAGCUGGGAAGGUGA